AUGCCUGAUACGCCAAAGGCAUCGGAGGAAGUUGUGAUCAUCGGGGGUGCUAUGCUGUCGGAGGAUAUCAUGAUGACCGAUAUGGUACUGCAGAGUGCAGACACCAUGAGUGACAGGCAACGUAGACAAACGGACGAGUGCUGCCCAUGCACAGCGCCAGAAGAUAUUCCAAUGCCGAGUGAAACCGGCAUGAUGGAGAAAAGUCUAGUUACAGGUGAAGCAUCUGAGGCCAAUCCUGAGAUCGGUUAUUUAACCGAUACAUUGACAUCAGGAGUUGCCGAUGUCGUUGAUUAG